GAGCUAAUUGUCAAAGUUCACCAAAGCUGCAAUCUGGAAGGGGGGUGUUAGUGAGGGUUUGGGUUUCUGGUCUGAAAGUUCAAUCAGAGGAGGCUAGAGAAAUAAAAUUGAGCAACCUGAAGGAGAAAUAAUCCCAACAACAAACAGUCAUCAGGAAACUCCAGGAGGAAAAAUCUCUCUGCUGCUUGUUUUGGAUCACCGUAGUGUAAAAGCCUCACAGAGGGCUGUAAUAGGCUUGUGUUAAGGGGAAGGAGAGAGGGCGGAACAGACUGUGAGAAACAUGAAGCCUUCUGUUGCUAACUACCAAGCAGCCAUGCUGCUGAGUGCUGCAGGUGAUGCUCUUGGGUAUCGGAACCAGCUGUGGGAAUACUGUGAAUCUGGUCCACAGAUACACAAGGAGCUGGCAGAGUUAGGGGGACUGAAGAAUAUCCAGGUAAUGCUUCCUGACUGGCCAGUCAGUGAUGACACAGUCCUUCACCUGGGAACAGCUGAGGCCUUAGCAACAGGGAAGGAGAAAGAAGACCUGUACCAAGAGCUUGCAGUUCGGUAUGUCGAGGCCAUGAAGGAUAUGGAAGGCAGGAAACCGGGCCCCACCAGUAUUCUUGGUACUUCACAGCUGCGACCUGGAGAACCUGAUGGUUAUCGAAUACCAUUUAACCCAAAAGCAGUGGGGUGUGGGGCUGCUAUGAGAUCCAUGUGUAUUGGUCUCAGGUAUCCCCGACCUGAGCAGUUGAAGGAGUUGAUUAAAGUCGGUGUGGAGAGUGGAAGAAUGACACAUAAUCACCCUACAGGAUUUCUGGGUUCUCUGGCCUCUGCCCUUUUUGUAGCAUAUUCUGUUCAAAGGAAGCCACUGAUAGAAUGGGGGUCAGGUCUUCUUGAGACCCUCCCCAAAGUGUUGGAGUAUGUGAAGGAAGUUGGAGUUGAUGUUGAAGAGAAUGUAUCGGCUUGGCCAUACUUUACAGAGAAGUGGACAUGGUAUCUGCAGGAAAGAGGAAUUUUAGAUGGCAAGGGAGCUCCACGGUUUCCAUCAGAUUAUGGUCCAGAGGAACGAGACAAGAUUUACAAGACUUUCAGUCUGGAUGGCUGGGCUGGUCGGAGUGGACAUGAUGCUCCCAUGAUUGCAUAUGAUGCCUUACUUUCAGCAGGAGAAUCCUGGGAAGAACUGUGUAGUCGCUCAAUGUUCCAUGGAGGAGACAGCGACUCAACAGGAGUGAUUGCUGGCUGUUGCUGGGGUGUAAUGUAUGGACUCUCCGGGGUACCUGAGGGGAACUACAACCAGCUGGAAUACAGAGAACGGGCUGAAGCAGCAGCUGUGAAGCUCUAUGAGCUGGCCUGGGGUCAAGUUCAAUGAAAGGAGUCACACCAGCAUUUGCAGUGUGCUUGUCGGUUUGUGAACUGAGAACUGGAAACUAUACAUUUGCAGUUUCAUCAGCCUAUGAGCAGUAGACUCUCAGUGGAACUGAUAGACUUGAAGCAGUGUAAUUGCCAGAUGGUUGGACGGAUCCUGUUCUUUUGUGUGCUGCUGCUUCUGGAGUUUAGAUUUAAAGGUGUGCUGUGUUAAUUACAAGUCAGUUUUCUGAGUAGGGCCAUGCAACUCUUGCUCUUAGCUAUUUGCUACAAUGCAAGUUAUGUACACAGCACAAUACUGCCUCCCAGUUAAACUGUAAUGGGUUGCUGAUGUGUCAUGUAGCUUUUUUUUUUUUUUUUUUUUUUUUUUUUUUUUGACGUGGGGAAUGGGGUGGAGAAGGAUGAGAACAAAAAAAAACAAAGAUUUCUAAUGGAUGUAGCCACGAGUAACCACCAAAACUGUACUAUUUUCAUGACAGAAUGUUACCCUAGAUACAGGAAUACUGCUCUACAAACUGAAUUCUUUUCAAAUAUUACUCCAUGGUGGUGGUCUGUCUGUAAUGAUUCAUCAGCAGCAGGUAUGCAGAGAAAAGAGAAAGCAUAAGAAGUGUUCCAUCUCAAAUGUAUACAAUAAAACUUGAACUUUCUAAUAUGGUUCUCUUGAAAGCAAAUGAAGCAAAAAUUAUUUCAAAAUGACAUUUAAAGUACGUGCAAUUUACAUGUGUAUUCAUUUACCCUAGCAGUAAGGUAUAUGAAAAUAUGUUGUCUUUUUUAAAAACAUUUCUUGAAUAUUGCUGCAGCAUUUUACCAUCUUUGUUAUCAGAUGUCAUGUAUCUAUGUGCAAAAACGCACAUGCAGUUUUUUAUUUGACAUUUACAUGGAAGAGAUUACUAGAAAUCCAAGAUACAAUUAUAGACAAAUGUGAAAUUGCACUGCACUUCCCCAAGAAAUAUAGCUCUGAUUCCAGAUCGUUGCAGUUUGUGAUACUGUUAUGACCUGAUAAUACAGAGAAAGAAGCAAUAUAAAAUUGUUUGUGGAUGCAUCUUAAUAGAGAUUUCUUUGGACUAUUUUGUUUUAUGCCUAGGGUAAUUUGACAAAGAUGUGCAUAUAAAUAUAUAAGCACACAAAAAAAUCACUUGAAAUAUCUGACAAAACAUCAGUAAUUAUACGUAAUUUUGAAUACAUUUUGUUAAUAACUAAAUAAUUCUAUUAAUACUACAACUUUUGGACUGGAUAUUUGAUCUAAGUGUAUCUUUAACAUGCAUUAGAUAGUAUUUUUGAUGAUUUAUUUCUGGUUUGUGUUUGCUGCAUAUUGUCUACAGUAAACUUUGUCUAAAAUUUA